AAUAUGGCGGCGUCGUUGGUGAGAGCAUGCUUUAAAUCAUAUCCAUCGACAAGAUUUUUGUCGGAGAUUAUUAAAAAUGCCGAUCGUUAUGGAGAUGCAAAUAAAUUUAUUUAUGCUAAAACAUGCAUUGAAUGCAAUUGCUAUCAUACAACACCAGUGUUUUUUAAAAGGAGGAAAACUCAAGAAGAAAAGGUACAGUUUACUCCAAAACCAAAGGCUAAAAUUAAACUGCCAGUUAUUGAUGUUUGGAAGAAUAUGACAGUAAGAGAAUUAUCUGAGUCUACUGGAAGAUCAAUAAACGAUGUUUUAGAAGCUAUUUCUUACUUUGAUGCUCAAAGAUACAAUAAAAAUACUAUUAUUGAAGAUAAACGAAUCAUAUUUGGAGCAGUAGCUAAAUUAGGAGCUAAAUAUAAAAUCGUUCCUUCACCCCACGAAGAGAAACAUGAAAAUAAAGAUUGUGAUGCCGUCAAAAGACCACCCCCGGAUCCAUCAAUAUGCAUUAAAAGGCAUCCAGUUGUAACAGUAAUGGGCCAUGUAGAUCAUGGCAAAACAACGUUAUUAGAUUCGUUACGACAUACAUCAGUAGUAAGCUCAGAAUUUGGUGGAAUAACUCAACAUAUAGGAGCUUUUAACGUAACAUUAGAUACUGGGGAAAAAAUAACUUUUCUUGAUACACCUGGCCAUGCUGCAUUUAGUGCUAUGCGAGCUAGAGGUGCCCAAGCCACAGACAUUGUUGUCCUCGUUGUAGCAGCAGAUGAUGGUGUUAUGGAACAAACAAUUCAAAGUAUAAAAAUGGCAAAAGAAGCUCAAGUUCCAAUCAUUGUUGCUAUUAAUAAAAUUGAUAAACCAGAAGCAGAUAUUAAAAGAACCCAGAAUAUGUUGGCUCAGCAAGGUAUCCAAGUGGAAGCUCUUGGUGGUGAGGUACCGAGCGUCAAUAUUUCAGCAUUAAAAGGGUUAAAUUUGAAAGAUCUGGUUGAAACGAUAGUUGCACAAGCAGAAAUUAUGGAUUUAAAAGGUGACCCAAAGGGACCUGUUGAAGGUGUUGUUAUCGAAGUUUCUACCGAAGUGGGUCGAGGUAAACUUGCUACUGCACUUAUUCAACGUGGUACUUUACGAAAGGGAGCUAUUCUUGUUUGUGGACUUGCGUGGGCUAAAGUAAGAGCAAUGUUCGAUCAUGCAGCUAAUCCUGUUUCGGAAGCUAAAUUAUCUGAUACAGUUCAGAUAAUUGGGUGGCGAGAAUUGCCAUCAGUUGGCGAAGAAAUUAUUGAAGUUGAAGAUGAACAAAGAGUUCAUCUUGUUCUAAGAUUUAGGAAAACUCUAGAGGAUAAAUUUAAAGCUGUUGAAGCACUGGAAGUUAUAAAACAAAGACAGGCGGAGCAUGAAAAAGUAUAUAAAGUUCAGCUGCAGGAAAGAAGAGCCUUAGGAAGGUACAGGAAGAGCAGAGAACCUGGUCCGAGAAAAAAAGAAAUACAGGAUGACGAUGGCAUACCAAGAUUAAAUGUUUUAGUAAAAGGUGAUGUCGUUGGUUCCGUUGAAGCUAUAUUGGAUGUUUUUGAUACGUAUGGAGAUGAAAAUCGAUGUCAUCUAGAUGUUGUUCAUUAUGGUAUUGGUCCAGUAUCCGAAGAUGAUGUCGAACUAGCUCAAGCUUUUGAUGCUAUCAUUUAUACUUUUAAUGUUAAUGCUCCAAAAAAAAUUGAAGAACUUGCUAAAAAAUUUAGGAUACCUAUUCAUUCCUAUAAAGUUAUCUAUAAACUUAUAGAUGACAUUAAAAAUGAAAUAUGUAAAAAAUUGCCACCAGACCAAGUUGAAGAAAAAUUGGGUGAAGCUAAUGUCUUGCAACAUUUCAAAAUAACGGAAAGAAAGAAAAAAGUUAAUGUUGCUGGAUGCCGCUGUACUGAUGGAAUCCUUAAAAAAGAUGCAAAUUUCAGAAUUAUAAGAAAUCGUGAACAAAUUUAUGAAGGCAAAGUAAAAGAAAUUAGACAUUUAAAAAGUGAAGUUAACAGUAUCAAAUCAGGAGUCGAAUGCGGUUUGAGAUUUGAAAAUCCAGAUGUUGUUGUGGAACCGGGUGAUACAGUUAUUUGCUAUGUAACUCAUGAAGUACCGCCAAAAGUUAAUUGGGAUCCUGGUUUUUAA